GAAUGGGCAGUGGCUGUUCACAUUCAGCACACCUUUUCCAUUUGCUAAUAAGGCCCUGCCAGGCUGGGAGGGAGUUGUCUCCGCCUGACUCUGAGGAGAAGAGCCACGGAGCCGAUCCGCGGGCACCAUGAAAUCCCUUCAAGUGACCAUCUUUUGUCUUCUGUUCAGUCUUUAUAGCAGUAAAGAGGACACAGGUGUUAACAACACAAUCACUGGUGUAUUACCAUCAACUCAUGCAACAGAAACAUCUGUAUCAACAUCAAGCAUAAUACCAAAUCCUGUUUUGGAAUCAACAUCGGGAGCGUCUCCUAAAGGAACAGCAAAUAAGGAAUCCUUAAAUUCAUCUUUGCUGCCCACACUUUCUUCAUUAACUACAACAAUUAAAGAUGAAGGAAACACAACCAAGAGUGUCAUGAAGAAUGAGUUCACCACUGCAAAUGCAACAGUGACAAAUCCUCCACUUUCCAACGCUGCUUCAACAUCACAGAGUUCCCAACACAAGACUGAGAAUCAGAGUUCAAUCAAAACAACAGAAACACCAGUUAACACUCUACAGCCAGAGACAUCACCUUCUAAUGCCAGUACAUUACCCUCAAUAUCAAUAACAAUUCCAGGAAACAUCUCCCAGUUUCAAGAUACUGAGGAUGCAAAAAAUGCAAGCUCUUCUUCAGCCAGCCCCUCUUAUUCCAGUAUUAUUCUGCCAGUGGUUAUUGCUUUGAUUGUGGUGACCCUUUCAGCAUUUAUUCUUGUGGGUUUGUAUCGAAUGUGCUGGAAGACCGACCCAGGCACACCGGAAAAUGGAAAUGACCAACCUCAAUCCGAUAAAGAGAGUGUGAAGCUUCUCACUGUUAAGACAAUUUCUCAUGAGUCUGGUGAGCACUCUGCACAAGGAAAAACCAAGAACUGACAGCUUGAUGAAUCCUCUCCACACCUGGGCAAUAAAUAUGCUUCAUCUUCAGCUUCUGUGCUCCAGGGGUAGCAAGGGAGAAAGCUUCGUGGACUCUUUCCUGAUGUCCAGUCCUGCUCUCCAGUCUGCCAGUCACCUGUCCCAAUAAAGUGAUGUCCAGAUGGCAUGCAAUAAUUUCAUUGAAUCCAAAGAAGCCCGGGUCUCCCCCGUCAUUUGUGACAUGAAAAGCACAUUACUACAUUUUAUAAGAACAUGCUUGGGAGUUUUAGGAAGGACCUUUGUGAGCAGCUAACCUGACAGCCAGGUAGGUGGGUUCCUUGAUGACAUGAACUUCCCUUGAGUUGAAAGUUUCCAGAGCCGACAGUUCCUAUCCGUGGAGACUUUCGUAUUUUCUUGGUGUUCUCAUAUUACCUAAUGUUUGUAUUUAUUGUUUUGUACUAUGUUAAUGCAGGGACAAUUUGCAAGUGUAUUUUUAAAUGUUAGGUAGAAAUCAUGCCGUGCCACUUUGUACAUAAAGGUAUUUUAUUCAUAUUUUCAUGUGUUACUUUUAAUAAAUAAUUACUAUAUUCAACACACUAAAAUAUCAUAAUGUGACUGUGAAAAUGGCAAUGGUAUUGUCUUCCCAUAAUCUUGAAUAUUUGGGUGCUGAUUAUUUGAACAUGAGAACUCACUAAUGAAAGACAUCUGCAAUAAGUGAGAAAGGAACAAAGGAUUCACAUAUCAGACUCCGUUAAAGGGAAGUCAAUUUAACAUCUCUUUGGUUUUUCUAUUUGUGAUUCACACUAUGUGACAAGGAUGUAAGGGCAUUUAUGACACUCUGUACUGCAUUCAUUAAGAUGAUAACAGGAGUGAGACUUCUUAUAAUCCAUUUGGUUGAUAGAGUCUGUGCAUUUUUAAUUUUUUUUUUUUAGAAAUGUAAUGAUUUGUUCUAGCAAUCAUUGUCAAACGUCCAGUGUGUAGAAACCAAUACUUCAUAAAUACGUAACUAUGAUAUGACUUCUCAGUAUAUCACUUUCCUAAUAAAAAAAAAAAAACUCUACUAUUAUAGCUGCCCUCCAUCAGGAGCCAGUUCUUCUGUUGAAAGCUGACUGAUCAACCUUGACCACUUCUUGGACUCAAGGGAUCGAAAUGUCAUAUUGGUUGAAGUUCUAUGGAAAGCCUUGGAACUAAUGCGCUGCCAGUGGCAGGAAGCUCUUUAACUUUUAUGAUUACCUAAGCUGCUUUCCAUGAUAAAUUACCUUAGUGUUGUGAGGGCAGUGUAAUAGAGACAGAAUUUUGUAUUUAAAACUGCUUUUUAAAAGUUCAUUUUUUACAGUGUAUUUCAACACUUCCAGCUUUAAGAAUUAUAUAAAUAAUCAUCUUGGUUUUAGCUUCCUGAUGUCUGGAUUAUGUCUAAUCAAGGACACCAAGCAAACAUAUUAUUGAAUG